AUGGCAUCAGUGGAACAGAAGGAACAGCUGGGUCGGCGGGUGGCCGAGUGGCUGGCAAUUGACGUCAACGCAGAUACCAGGGGCCAGAUCGAGCAGCUGGCAGCGGACAUGGACACGAACUACGGCAGGCUCGAUGAGCUGCUCACGAACCGGAUUGUCUUUGGAACAGCAGGGCUCAGGGCACGCAUGGAGGCCGGGUUCAGCCGGAUGAACGAUGUGACGGUGCUUCAGGCGUCGCAGGGGCUUGCAGAGUACAUACGGGGCGACGACGGCGUGUCGGCUGCUGCAGCGGUCGUGGUUGGGCACGACCAUCGUCACCACUCGAGGCGGUUCGCAGAGUUGACGAUUGCUGUGUUCCUGCUCAAGGGCUUCACGGUGCACUACAUCGGCCCGGACGAGUGUGCGACGCCUAUGGUGCCCUUUGCGGUGGACCGGCUCGGGGCAGUCGGUGGCGUGAUGGUCACCGCGUCGCAUAACCCGAAGGACGACAAUGGGUACAAGGUGUACUGGGCCAACGGGUGCCAGAUCAUUCCGCCACACGACAGCAACAUCCAGGCGAAGAUUCUGCAGAACUUGGAGCCGGUGGCGGGGCUCAAUUAUGGCGGCCGCUGGGACACGGCUCGCAUCUUCGAAACACACGCCGACAGACUGGUGUACAGUUACGACAAGAUAGUCGCGGAGUACUGCACACAUCUCCUGGACGUGUUGAAGCCUGAGCCGAUCUCGGACUUCAAGAUCGUCUACACGGCGAUGCACGGGGUCGGCCACAAGUUUGUGUCCGAGCUCGUGCACCACUUCGUUCCGGCCAUGGAGAACUUUGUCUCUGUGAAGGAGCAGUGCACGCCGGACCCGGACUUCCCGACAGUGAGUUUCCCGAACCCGGAAGAGAAAAAUGCGCUUGACAUGUCGAUCUCCACGGCAGACACGCUGGGUAGCGGCUACAACCUCAUUGUGGCCAACGACCCGGACGCAGACAGGUUCACGGCAGCCUUCAGGCAGAAGAACAACGGCUGGAAACAGUUGUCCGGGAACGAGAUCGGGAUUCUCUUUGCAGACUACGUCAUCCACUCCCAGUUCCUCGACAAGUCGCUGGGCGUGGGCAACGUGUACAUGUUGAACUCCACGGUGUCGUCUCAGAUGAUCGGCUCCAUUGCUUCGAAACUCGGAUUCCACUUCGAAGACACCUUGACCGGGUUCAAGUGGAUCGGGAACAAGGCCAUCGACCUCGAGAGGGAGGGCCACGUCGUGCCCUUUGCGUACGAAGAAGCCAUCGGGUUUAUGUUCCCCACCGUGCAUGACAAAGACGGCAUCUCUGCGCUUGUGGUGUUCCUCCAGCUGUACAACCGGCUUCUCAAACAGGGCCUGGACCCGUCCCAGAAACUCGAGCAGCUCUACUCGCUCUACGGGAACUUCAAGCAGUGCAACGGCUAUUAUAUCACCUCCGACCUUGCAACCCUGCCCUCCAUCUUCAACACCAUCAUCCGGACCAAAAACGUGCCCCAGGGUGGGGCCUACCCUGUCAAGAUCGGCACCUACACAGUCACGUACUGGCGCGAUCUCACCGUCGGCUACGACUCCAGCACAGCAGACCACAAGCCGCAGCUCUACAUCGACCCAACGUCCCAGAUGAUUACAUGCACCGUUGUCCCAGACGGUGCCGCCGACCACGAGGAGUUUGUCAGGUUCACCGCACGCGGCUCCGGCACAGAGCCCAAGUUGAAGGUGUACAUCGAAGCCCGGUCCUCCACUGCCGCCCGGGCCGAACACCUCGCCUCCAACGUCUGGGACACCCUUCGGGACGAGUGGUUCCAGCCGCAAAUACACGGUCUUGUCGAACGCAAGGUGUGA